AGAUUUGGAAAUGUGUAAAAAUGUAGUAUAUAAUGUCAUGUUGUUUCCACUUCAGUUUGCGAGCUUGUAAUCAUAAUGAUUAAUUCGCACUUAUAUUAAGGCACUUACUUGCGCGUGCUUCAUCUAUCCGAGUUUUUGUCUCAAUUAUCCAAAUGUUAAGAUGAACGUACACAAUUUCAUAUGAAUUACGUGAGAACACGAUUUUCACAUAGAUAAUGUGUAUCCCACUUUCAUUCCCUAUAUGAUAUCAGUUGCAGAUCAACGGAGCACUAGCGGCUCUUCCGCCAAGACAGUCUUGGCACGCAGUGUUGUGCGUCUCCAAAUGGAGUAUAAAAAACAACACGCACACGUGGUUACGGCCGUGAAGAUUGGCUGGCUGCUCUCUGCAUACUGCAUGCAAAAGCUUUUUCAUAUUAAUUUUCGCCAAUGGUCAACCGCGAGUCUCAUACUCCUCCAAAUCUUCAUAAAUUUUCAUCUCCCAUUCAAAAUUUUCAAAUCUCUGCCAUUUAUUAAAUAAAUAACCACAAAAAAACACUUGCAAUAAAUACACAGCAUUUGUUUAAUAAAAGUUUCAAAUCACAAAAACUACACACCAGCAUAGCUUCAAACCAACUAAUAAAAUGACCAAAGCACUCUACAUUCAGAAUUUACACAAAAGAAGCAUCCAAGCUUCUACCUCUCUUCAACUCACUGACUCUCUCCUAAAACCACAUGACCAGAAGGCUUUGAGAUCUUCAAAGAUGAACCCACCUCCUACUUUCUUACUACUUCACACUUUCCUCCUAUAAAUUCCUCACUCUCUCUGUCCCUGUAAUUUGUCUCAAUUUUGUAGUCUCUAUUUAUCUCUUUUUCAUCUGCAUUCACUGAGUCUCUUCACUCUCUUGUCACAUUCGGCUUUUAUUUUCAAAACAAAGUUAAUGGCUUCAAUCCUUGGUUCUAAUAAUCAAAAGCUACAGAAAACAUUAACCAUUGAUCGAAGGCCCUUGAUGCUCAAAGAUUACCUUGCUGAUAAUCUCAGUUUUUGUUCAUCGAGCGGCUUCAAAUCGUUUCCGCGGCAACAAUGCUGCACAACCGUCCGGUUUCUUCUCGAAUUGGAUCUUAAAUCCAGAAAGCCAAACAAGAACAACCAGGUAGAGGUACUAGCCAAAAGAUGUCGAUCGAGAGCGGCAGCUCUAACUGCAACGACGGUCUCUGUUCUGCAUAGAGCUUCAGAGGCGGUGAUUAAGGCGGUCAAGCUUCUACCUUUUCCUACAAUUCGGUCUUCUACUCCGCCUUCACCGUCUGUACAAAAUAAGCGAAAGAAAGGAGUACUCCUACUACCCCAGAGCCUCUCGCGGAAGCGGUGGAAGAGAAGUUUCCGGAGGAAAUCCGACAAUGAAGGACACGAGAAGGUUCAGAUGUUGAAAUUUUCCCGUGAAUUUCUCGAAGAACAAGAAAAUCAGUGGGAAAACAAGAGCAAUCACUUCAACUCCACCUCCUCCUCCUCCACCACCGCAACCACAGCGACGACGGUAACCAGUAGCAGGAAUUCAACGAGUACAAGGAGUGACAGUAACAAUAAUAGCUGGACCGAGGGUGAAUUCACCGCGAAUAGUGAAAAAUCGGAUAUAAGCAGCCAAAACGACCCCGUAGCUGGUAAAAAGGAUUUACCAGCAAAGGAGGUCAGCAACGUAGUUGGCGUAACAGUCGGUGAAGACUCCAUAAAGGAGUGGCCGAACGAGGAGAAAGAGCAAUUCAGUCCAGUGUCGGUGUUGGACUGUCCAUUUGAAGAUGAUCAAGACAUUAUCAGCUCUCCUUUCCACUGCAGUCUUGCCCGCAUGGAAGGAAGAAAGCAGAAGCUUAUGCAAAAGAUCAGACGCUUUGAGAGUCUCGCUGAAUUGGAGCCAGUGGAUUUGGCAAAACGAAUUGCAUUGUCAGAGAUGGAUGAUCUUGAAUCACUUAAGUCACCUGCAUCGCCUUCUACCAAUAGCAAGGAGGAGGAGGAGGAGAAGGAAAAUGGUGGAGAAAAUGAAACAGAAUCAAGACGUGAUGAGCUACUUAGGCAGCUCAAAUCAACAAUUCCAUCAAAUACCCUCCUUGCAUCCAAUAAGGCAGAUAAUCUACUGUUAAACUUCUUCACAGAGAAAACAGAGGAAAAUAAAACAUGCUGUAAGUAUGAAUUGUUGAAGGAAGCAGAGGAUUGGGUGAAUGGACACCAAGAAUUGUUUUUGGUAUGGGGAUGGGAAGUGAAGGAUGGUAGGAAAUUGUAUCUCAAAGACAUGGAGAAGAAUGGAGGGUGGAGGAAUUUGGAGGAAGAAAAACAAGAGGUGGGUUUAGAGCUGGAGCAAGAGAUCUUUUCAACUUUAGUGAUUGAAUUGUUUUCCACCUUAGAGGCUAGCACUUGAGGUUUGCUUUGUAGUUCUGUCAUCUUUUCACUUUACCCCAGUGAAAAGAUGAGGGAAUUUUUGAAAAUCUUAGUGAGUAGUUGAGGCUCUUCUUUUCAGUUAGUCUUGUUUUUAAUCUUUUGUUGUCUCCAGAGACUAGACAUCUAAGAGUGGGUUUUAGCAAAAAAGAUACACGUCCCAAUAAUUGGGAUUCUAAUUGCUAAGGUGUAUGGUGUUUUAGCAACUUCGCAUUGGGAUGUGAACCAGAGCAUGUUCUGUCCAGUAAUCUGUUUAAAGCGAAACUUAUGAGGGGGAGCUAAAAUGAAUAAUAUAUAUUGCAAGAUCAUUAAACUUACCAACUGUACAGACUACAGAGGAUUGUUGUCUUCACUUCCCAGUUCCCAGUAGUGGUGACAUGAACUAAAAACGAUUGGAAGCUGAGACGUUCAUGAGAUUUGUAAAUGGGCCAGGCGGUCACAAAUGGGCCUACAGUGGUUCAAGUAACAAGAACCUGGGAAUUCUUGUCGGGCGGAAGUAUUGGGCUAGAGCCGGGGGCCUCCUUCAUCCACUAGAGAGACCACCCCUUUCACACCGCUUGACACGUGGCACGAAACUAUAAACGAAGUCCAAAUCGAUGGACUCACCAGCUCUCGAGCAGCCACCGGUAGGCGGUAGUCCAAAAAGUCCACAGUCUAAGCUGUUUCAAAUUCUCAUCAGACUCCGCGAG